AGAGAGAAAGAGAGAGAAAGAGAGAGAGAGAAAGAGAGAGAGAGAGAAAGAGAGAGAGAAAGAAGAGAAGAGAGAGAGAGAGAAAGAGAAGAGAGAGAGAAAGAGAGAGAGAGAGAAAGAGAAAGAGAGUAA